GCUCCGGCUCGGGCUCCACACCUGGGAGCUCUAUGUCGCAAAAUCCCUCGUCUACAUGUACGCGACCUGCGCGCUCCCGGACCCCGCCAUUGGUGCCAACAGCGAGUGGUCUGAGCGGGUGGAGUUGACGGCGACCGCUGGGGUCAGUGCGAGGCUUGGAUGGGCUCCACCUUAGGCGCGCCGUGUGGCGGCAGACGCCGACCAACGGCGGCGGCGGCGGCGCCGUCGGAAACGAGCCCCGUGACUGCUCGACUUCUCCGUCGCGACACGCGGUACUCGCGGGUUCCGGCCGACGGCGAGCGGGAAUCCACCGCAGGAGGCUACGGCGUACGCGUUGGGCGGGAUAGCCGCCGGAGCAGAGGGAAAAGGAGUGGCGACAACCAACGGCGACGGCGAGCUCGGGGAUCCGUGGAGGCCGAUGUGGCUGUUAUUGCCUCGGCCUCUCAGGCGUUCCUCGGAGCUCGGCGGCCGGCGGGAACCUUCCAACGAAGGGACCGCGCCGUCGCCGGUCGUCGCCGGUCAGCAGCAGGGAACGGCAGCAGAGGUCACGCCCGCCCGCCGUACUCCGCAUGACGACAGGGAAGGGAAGCGCCAGUCCGCGCGGCGCGCGUGGGCCCCACAUCCUGGGACUCGUCGUGCGGAUGCCAGAUGGCACGGGCCUGGGCCGUUGGAUCUUGUCCAGCUGGCGAUCUGACGGCGGGGGACGCACACGCCGGGGCGAAGCGAAGGCAAGGACGCCGUUGGUGCUUUAUUUGCAGCUGCGCCUCUGCUCUGCUCUGCAAAACUCAACCGCCCUGCUCUGCUUUUGAUCCUCGGGAGCGAAGGAAGGAAGAAAAGUCAGACAUGGCUUCAGCGGGGAAAAUCAAGGGAGUCCAGGGUGCCGUGCAGACCGUCCGCACCAAAAAGAACAACGUUUUCAAGGAGUCGUUCCGCAGGACUAAUGCUAACUACUCAAGCAGGAAACCCACGUACGAGGAGAUGGUUCUAGAGCACUGCGCCGACCUCAACAAAACCAAGGAUGUGGAGCCGGUGGUCAUCAACGCCGGCGGCCAGCGAGGAGGCGACGACGUUGCCCUUGAUGUCAUGAACGCCGGCAGCCAGCAAGGAGGCGACGAUGUGGUCGUCCAUGCCGGAGAGGGAGCAGCGGUCAUCAACGCCAAUGGGGACGAGGCUGGGCCAGUCAUGGCCAACGUGAGGGCCGGCACAUGGUGGUGCCUGAUCCUCUGAGUGAGGUAUGGUUCGUCCAGGGGCGAAACUGGGGAACUCCUAGUCGGCGCCUUCAGCGCCGGCUAGUGGUUCUGGUGCCUGCAUGAUCUUCAGAAUUAAGGGCUGGAAAAUUGAAAAAGCAAUGCUGGAAAGUUUUUUUAGUGAAUUAGAAUGUGCUUGCUUGCAAGGCCUUAUUACUUGAAUGCUCGAAAACCCUGUUAAACAGAAUGAGAUUUCUUAAUUAUAACAAAUUUUCCAGCAUGAUUUGGAAACUGUUAUUAGGAGAACAGCAAACAUUCAGAAUUACAAUAUUAUGAAGAUUUGGAAAAA